AUGAUCUAUUCUUGUAGUCAUAUGCUAUACCACAUUCCUAUCUCAACUUCUACCUAUAUAUUUAUCUGCACUCCUUUCUAUAUAUCUAUCUACACUUCUUUGUCUCGACACUUUUAUCUAUCUAUCUAUCUAUCUAUCUAUCUAUCUAUCUAUCUAUCUAUCUAUCUGUCUCUUCAUCUCUCUCUCUAUAUAUAUCUAUCUCAGUCUGUUUCUAUCUAUCUAUCUAUCAAAUCAAUCUAUCUUUCAUCUAUCUAUCUUCUUUCUAUUCAUAAUGUCUCUUCUAUCUAUAUAUCUAUCUAUCUAUCUAUCUAUCUAUCUAUCUAUCUAUCUAUUUUAAAUCUUUUUCAUCUGUCUCUUGUCUAUCUCAGUCUGUUUCUAUCUAUCUCCUAUUUAUCUAUCUAUCUAUCUAUCUAUCUGUCUGUCUGUUUGUCUAUCUAUCUAUCUAUCUACAUCACUGUCUCUUCAUAUUUAUCUAUCUAUCUGCAUCACUGUCUUCAAAAAUUCCUAUCUAUCUAUCUAUCUUAUCUAUCUAUUUAUCUAUCUAUCUACCAAAAUUUCUUUUCUUUCACAAGAUUUAUUAAUUUCUAUCUGUCAAAUACAAUUUCUUUCCUUACUUGUCGUUUGUUUCUUUCAUCAGCAUUGAUUAAGAAUUUACUGAGGACGGCUAAUUCUUCACAAUUCCUUUUGAUUGUGUUGGAAUCUAUCUAUCUAUCUAUCUAUCUAUCUAUCUAUCUAUCUAUCUAUCUAUCUAUUAAUAUCUCAAAAACUUUCUCUCUCUCUCUAUAUAUAUAUAUAUAUAUAUAUAUAUAUAUAACCCAUCCACCCCACCCGCAAAUGUCGUUAAGACAUUUAAUAAGUAACGAGCCCAUCUCUCUUCCUCAAAACCUUCCCUUCCCUUGUCUCUUUCUUUCUCCCUCCCCCUUCUUUUCGUUUCUUUACUCGUAUAUUUCUCAUAUUCGCUCAUGGAGUCCGGCCCUUGUCACUAGGAGAUGA